UUCACGGUAUCCAAACAUAGCUGUUGGCCGGAUGCCGCCGGAAAAUAUUCUCCCGGCGCCGUCGAAAGCCUCGUUAUUAAGAGGUGAACCUGCCUUUGAACCCGAAAUAAGCAUUCCUUUGAACCAGAAACUCAAAUAGAGAAAAACACUAAUGAAAAUGUGGGAAGACACUUUAUACCUGCAACUGCACAAGCUCUCUGCUGUAAGCUCAGAGGAAACGCUUGACGAAAUCUUCACUAAUCUUUGGAAAACUCGAAAAACCGGUCUUCGUUCGCCUGAGAAAUUUCAUUUCCAGUCCCUCCUCAACCUUCCAUCUCUCCCCGAGCUCGAUCCGGGUUUUGUCAUUCUUAAAUGUUAUCAACAUUGCAAUAAUUUGUAAACACCCGAUCAUAGGUUUUGGCAUGCCUUCGUUCGCUUAUCAGAAAAUGUGUACAUGAAAAUUUCGCUGGUGACGAUCUCUUGAAGCUGUUUCCACCAGAUCUACCACUUGAGCUGCAAAGCAUGCUCAUUAUGAUGCUUCAGAAAUAUCAGAAUCAGUGGAAGGAGGAAAUGUCCAGAGAACAGCACUCAUUGCCAAGGACAAGUGUCUCCCAUCAGGUCAAGACAAAUGGGCCAUCAUCUUUUUCAUCCUUUCCCUAUUCUGAGAUGUCAACGUCAUUGUGGCCUAAUCAAGAUGGUUCGAUUGGUCGCUUUAGUCCUAACAACCUUGGACUGUCUGCGCUAAGCACGACUAAUAUUGCUGGGUCACACCUGCGUACCAUAUCUAUUCAAAAUGAUGUUGGUCCUCCUGAAGACAUGGGAACUCUACCACGCCUCAAGUCAAUGACGUGGACCAUGGAGAACUGCAAGUCUGCACCAGCUAAUAAAGUGGCCAUUGUCACUCUUAAGCUGCAGGAUUACACCAAGUCACCUUCAGGAGAAACAGAAGUGAAAUUUCAGCUUACUAGAGACACACUUGAAGCCAUGUUAGGAUCCAUGACCUACAUAAGUGAGCAACUAUCAAAUGUGGCAGGGACUUCUACAGGACCAGUGCAGAAGAAACAAAGGCAGUAAAAUUUUGUGUACUGUUUUUCUUUCCUUCUAGGUGUUGUACAUCUCUCAUUCUCUUCAUUGUUGAUAAAUUCCAUACCAUGAUCAUUAGCAAAUAUAGUGUCAUAGCAUCAUCAUAGCAUUGCGUUCACCUUACCUUAUGUAUAUCAAAGUGGAAAAUUCAUGAUAAGUUCAUAAGAAACAAGUCAA